AUGGAAAAAGAUGGGCAUUAUAUUAAUUCAAUAUAUCUAGUAGAGUAUUUUGACAAAAAAAAAAUACCAGAGUAUGACCAACUUUGUUCUUCUAUGGCUGAUAAUUAUAUAAAUCAUCUUUGCUCUGAAGUUAGUCUGACUAAACGUAAACCUAGAAGGCCAAAAAAAACUGAAACAACAGCAAAAGAAGUCUGUUUAACUAAACAUGAAUCUGGAAGACCAAAAAAAACUGAUACAAUGAUAAAAAAACAAAAAACCAAAUAA